AUGGGAGAUAGUCAAAUCGUGGAAGCCGAAGCUGGGCUUGGGCCGAACCAGGACCCCGUCGAUGGUACGCUUCGUGAUGAUUUGGAGAGGCCGGUACUGCCUGAGAAAUCAGAGUCGAGUUCAACCCCACCAAUAUCCAAUCUGGCAAGUGUUGACGUCCGGGCACUCAAGAAACCAAAGAACAUACAUAGGCUAAUGCACACGCAAAGGUCACCUGGGACGGUCCGGAUGACCCUGCCAAUCCCAAAAUUGGACAUACCGGCGCAAAUGGACAGUCACCGUCGUCGUAUCCGCCUACACUCUCAUCUCGUCAAUCUCGACUUCUAUUGUAGCGCCUGCAUUGAGCAGUAUCGGUCCCGCAUUACAUAUUCAGAGCGCAUUCAUCUCUUCGCUUUGUCUUUCGGUCUUCAUUCUUGCAUACGCCUUCGGUCCGUUCUCAUUGGUCCACUAUCUGAGGUCUACGGUCGAGUUUUGGUGCUACAGCUGGCUAAUUUGUUCUAUUUGAUCUUCAACACUGCCUGUGGGUUUGCACACAACACUACUCAGAUGGUGGUCUUCCACUUCCUCGCAGGACUCGGUGGAAGGUAA